AUGCCCACCGAAGGAGUUAAUGGAGAUCCGAAGUCGUUACCCGCAUCUCAAAGACGUAAAAUGGUUGAUGUUGGAGAACCAACCAUCCUUAUUGGAGCGGGAAACCAAUGGCUGCACUUACGUCUCGAUGACAGACUACCUACUGUUGGAACCGACACUCCCUUUGGUUUAUUGACGCCAUUUGGUUUGACUUGCGUUGGCGAUCUAACAUUAGGGACGCAGCAGCAUGAUUUAACGGUUUGUCGUUCAAACAAACCACUGAUGGCGGUGCAAAAACUCCGCUACCUUGUACAAGAAUCACCUACGGAAGCAUUACUUUUGCGCCAAGUUGAGAAAUUGUGGGAAACGGAAAGCUUUCUAAUUAUAACUCCGACUCAACCGCUAGAAUCAACCGAGGAUAAACUAGCGAGGAAGAAACUCGAUGCAACUAUUCAAUUCGACGGAACAAGGUUUGAAGUAGGUCUACCAUGGGUUUCAGAAGAUAUCGCAUUACCCGACAAUUAUAAUAGUGCAUUGCGUCGACUUUUCUCCAUCGAAAACAAAUUCGUUCACAAUUCUAAUUUUGCUGAGAGAUACAAAGCCGUAAUCGAUGACUAUGUGGGAAAGGGAUUCACGCGGCCUUUCAAGGAAAGUGAAUUGAAGGGCACCUUUGGGAGAAAUUGGUACCUUCCCCAUCAUGGAGCCGUAAAUCCUCGAAAACCCGAAAAGGUUAGGGUGGUCUUCGACGCUUCGGCCAAGUACCAAGGAGUUGCACUUAACGAAGUGCUGUUAAAGGGUUCCAACCUUAUCAACGAUAUAGGUGCUACCCUUCUACUCCUUAGAGAAAAGCCGGUGUCCCUAUCUGGGGAUAUUCAGCAAAUGUUUCUUCAAGUUGGCGUGAAGAAAGAAGACCGUUCCGCUCUACGAUUCCUGUGGCGUCCACCUGGCUCUCGAAAAAGACCCACCGUAUAUGAAAUGCAGCGGCAAAUCUUUGGAUCGGUUUCAUCCCCUUUUAUCUGCUCUCAAGUGCUUCGACAUAUUGCUGACCUACAUCGUGAAGAAUUUCCCGAAGCCGCUGAACGAUUCUACAAGAACUUCUAUGUAGAUAACCUUCUGGAUUCUUUUUACACCGAAGAGGAGGCUAAUCGAGCGAUUAAAGACUCCACAGCAUUGUUGAAAAGGGGAGGAUUUCAUCUGAACCAAUGGCUCUCUUCAUCUCGACGGGUACUGUCUCGUGUUCCAGAAGGUGAUCGUAAUCAACCUCGCCUGAAUUUGGAUCUAGAAGAUUUACCUACGGAGAGAACCUUAGGCGUUUUAUAUGACAGCAAAAACGACAGCUUCAUUUUUUAUGUUAAAACCGACGUCGAAGCGAGCACUAAGCGUCGGAUCUUGAGUGCAGUGUCCACCUUGUAUGACCCACUGGGGUUCUUAUCACCAGUGAUCCUAAGCGCCAAAAGAAUUCUACAAGAAUUGUGGCUUGUCGGUGUCGACUGGGAUUACCAAGUUCCCGAACUAAUUCAACACCAGUGGAACAAAUGGACGACUAAUCUUAGCCAGCCGGAAGCAUUCAAGAUACCGCGAGCGUUAACUUCGUCCAGUGACAUCCAAGACAUUCAGCUACAUGCCUUUUGCGAUGCAUCCACCGUCGGGUUUGGCUCUGUAGUAUACCUACAAGUAGUCUACCGCAAUAAAAUCGUCACCGUAAAUUUCGUAACGUCAAAGUCCCGCGUGGCACCCCUUCGUCCGCUAACCGUUCCGAAAUUAGAACUCCAAGGAGCAGUUGUGGCACUACGCCUUUGGAUAGCCUCAAAGACAUGUCGCUUUCAGACAUUUGUCGCCAAUCGAAUAUCCGAAAUCUUAGAGCAUUUUCUGCCAACGCAAUGGAGACAUGUCUCAGGUAUGGAAAAUCCAGCUGAUGAGUGCAGCAGAGGACUUUUCACUGGUAAGAUGAUGGACAAUUAUCGUUGGGUAAAUGGCCCAGCCUUCUUGCAGCAAGAAGAAAAAGCCUGGCCGAUAACCAUUAAGCUUCCUGGACCUUCUGUCGAAGAUCCAGAGGUAUCAGCCACCAACUGGAUUGGGCUCGUUUACGGCCCCGCUGAAGAAAAUAGGAUCCGCUCAUUAUUGGAACGAAAUUCCAACUAUGAUCUAGUGAUGCGAAUUGUUGCAAGGGUUUUUCGUUUUAUUUCCAACUCGAGGUUGGAAUCGUCGAAUCGUGACAAUUCGCGUAUUGGUGUGAAAUGCAUUCAGCGCGCUGCUAAUUGUUUCAUCAAAUUGGCACAAUUGGAUACCUAUUCUGAUGAAAUAGAGGCUUUAAAGGACAAAAGGCCUUUAAAAUUGAGUUCGACGCUGAUAACUUUAUCGCCAUUUCUGGACGAGCAAAGAAUAUUGCGAGUAGGAGGUCGCUUGAAUUACGCUCCUCUUUCGUUCGACAUCAAGCAUCCUAAAAUCCUGCCCCAUGAUCAUCCACUCACGCGUUUAAUCGUCAUGAGAGAGCAUGAUCCACUGUUCCAUCCAUCUACAGAGAGACGGCCCAGCUCAAUAAGGUCUCAAUAUUGGAUCAUCAAAGGACGAGUAGCUAUCAAAAGGGCGGUACACUUGGAAGUUGCAGCCUCACUUGACUUGUCGUCUUUUCUGAUCACCUUUGCUUCGUUCACCGCUCGAAGAAGUCGUCCGUCAGUCGUGUAUAGCGACAAUGGAACUCAAAUUGUUGCUGGGAACAAGGCAAUCCAACAAGGCAUCCAGCGUCUCAAGGAGCAAAAUAUCGUCGGACAAAUGGUUAAACGGGAAAUCGAAUGGCAUUUCUCACCACCAUUGGCACCACAUUUCGGAGGCGUUUGGGAAAGUCUCGUAAAAUCAGCAAAAGUGGCUCUGGAAGCCAUUGUGGAAUCACGUCCGCUUACCGAAGAGCUUUUACGAGGUUUCGUGAUUCAGGCCGAAUCAUUGCUGAACGAACGUCCACUGACCUACGUCAGUAUGGACCCUCGAGAUCCCGAACCACUAACCCCGAAUCAUUUUUUGUUAGUACAGAGCUCACCAAACACAGAAGACGACGUCAUCGAGGACGAGAAAUUAGGACAUUGGCCCAUUGGUCGUGUAACCCGAGUCAUCCCCAGUCCAGAUGGAGUCGUCCGAUCGGUGUACGUCAAGACCCCUACUGGAGAAUACUACCACCCAGUGUCAAAAUUAUGUUUAUUAGAGUCUGAUGUUACUGAUGUAUAA